AUGCACAUCCUCAUCAUCGGCGCAACAGGCCGCAACGGCGCCCUCGUCCUCGCCGACGCCCUAGAGCGAGGCCACACCGUAACAGCCCUCGUCCGCGAUCCCUCCACCAUCACCUCCACCAUUGCUCCUCACAAAAACCUCACCCUCGCAAAGGGCAGCCCCCUCUCCCUCCCCGACCUCCGCGAAGCAAUGCAAACACCACCAACACCAGACGCAAUCAUCAUUACCCUCAACCCCCGCCGCGUCUCCGACUCCCCCUUUGCGGCCGUCCACCCAGACACCCCCGCCGCCCUGAUCCACGACUCGGUCAUGAAUGCCCUCGAAGCCAUGAAGGACUUGCCCCGGACGAAGCGCAAGCUCGUCAUCAAUAGCAUGCAAGGCGCGGGCGCCAGCGACAAAAGCGUCAUCUUCCCGCUCCGCGCGGUCUUCAAACACACCAACAUGAAGCACACCCUCGACGACCACAACGCCGUAGACGCACUGGUCAGGGGCGAUGCGGGAACAGACGUGGACUGGAUCUUGGUCAGGCCGCCUAUACUGACCGAGGGCGAGUGCUUGCCGGUCAAGGUGUACGACGACUACGGCAACGGGGUAUGCUGGCUGCCCAAGAUCACGAGGCGAAGCGUGGCCGGAUUCAUGGUCGAUGCAGUCGAAAGGGACGACUGGAAUCGCAGUGCUCCUGUGGUCACGAACUAG